AGUCACUAUAAAGUCUUCAUCCUUGCUCUCGCUCAAGAAACGACGUAGCGUUUCGAAAAAUAUUCUUGCAUUGGUGGUGUGCGUGAGUGAGUCUCUGCGUUGUGGAGUUGGAAAUCAGAACUGUGUUGCGUUUGUUCGAGACUGUCGACGCGCCUGCCAAGAGAGGGUGCUUUCCGGAGACUGUUGGCGAUGAGUCUCAAUGAUGUGUUUGCUUUGCGCGGUGAGCCUGGGUGGAUGAACCAGCGCCAAAGUCCUUACGGAUUUGGAGGGAAUUCACCGAGGACGGAAAUGAGAGUCGUCAUAUGCUGCAACAAAUGCGAGGAAAAAGUUCGGGAGGAAAUCAGUGAAGUGUAUGGUGUUGAAGAGAUUUUCAUAGAUCCAACACGUUCGGAGGUUGUUGUAUAUGGCUAUGCGGACAAGCACGAUGUCCUGAAGAAGGCGAGGAAGGUGGACAAAAGAGCGGACAUAAUGUCGUCCGAUUCAUUCACACUUCACCAUGAUAGACACAGUAAACAUCACAAGCACCACAAAAACAGGUUCAGCAAUUUCUUCGGUCAAAGCCACGGCCACAGCAACUACAGCAGAGGAAAGCACAUGCCGAUAUUUGAAGUGACUGGUAGUCCCCGCUACAACACCAGCUUAAACCAGUCCAGCUCUUAUGACAACCGCUUCAACCGCCUUGAUGGUGGUUACGACAUGCCCGACUACCGAUCGAGGCAAACAAGAGAGUUCAGACUCGAUUACAGGCCCGAUCCUAUGUACAGGCAGAUGCACAGUGGCUACCGAUCUGAGCCAGAGACAAGACAUCGGUACAACGGUUAUGGAUCUAGCGAAUACCGACACGAACACGACCACGGAUAUGAAUACAAUGGAUACAGGCCAAACCAGAGAUAUCCUCAGAGCUAUGUUGAAAGAGAGGACCGAGACUCUCCAUAUCCGGAGGCCGUCAUGAACCCCGCCUACAUCAAGCAGAUGGGCUACUACUGAUUUCUAAAAUUCUUCGCCAUGCGAGUUUCAGAGUCUUGUACAACAGGGAAGGUGUAUAAAGCGACAUAUAUAGGGAGCACACACACACUCACACAAGAAAAGAGUUAAGAAGUUUGUGAUGCUAUGAGGUCCAGAACUUGCGGACAGAACAGCCAUGGCAGUAUUUCUUUUUUGUCUUAUACUCUUAUGUGCUUAGGCUGGAAUAUCAUGCUGUCCAUAAACUUAGAAAGAAAAAAAAAAAAAAAAAAAAAAAAAAA